AUGGGUGAACAAAACAUUGUACUUAUCACAGACGUCGACCAAGGCAUCAAAGCAGCCUCUUCACUCUCAUCUCUCGGCAGCGGAAAUGUAUCUUCAUUGCAACUCGUCGUCACUUCAGAUGAGUCAAUAUCAUCAGCCAAAAAUACCAUAGAAGACAAAUACGGACGACUUGAUGUACUCGUCAAUAAUGCCGGUAUUACUCUUGACGUGAAGGAAAAAGGGACACCGAUACGCAGUCUAAUGCAACGGACUUUCGAAGUCAAUGUAUUCGGCGCAGCUGCAGUGACGGAAGCUUUCAUCCCUCUCCUUGAGAAAUCCAGCAAUCCGCGGAUCGUGUUUACCUCGUCGUCUGUGGGUUCUCUCACCCGAGCUUCAGACUUGACGAAUCCUUGGUCCAAGACGCCGAUCACGACUUACAGGACAAGUAAACCUGCUUUGAAUAUGUUGAUGCUGUCUUAUGCGGCCCUGUUGCAUGAAAAGGGCUUCAAAGUUAAUGCUUCUUGUCCGGGGUACAUUGGGACGAACUUGAAUGAUCAUAGGGGAACGGGGAGUAUAGAUGAUGGUGCUGUGAGCCUGGCUCGGCCUGUGACUCUCAGGAAGGAUGGCGAGACAGGGACAUUUUCAACAGCUGAAGAAGUAAGGCCGUGGUGA